UUCUGCUGAUAUCUUUAUUUUUUUUUUUUAAAUUUAUUUAAGAAUAAAAACAACUUUUAAAAUAAUGUCACGCAACAAUAGCAUGCAUCCGAGGAAUGUGUUCAUCACAGCACCAGAUUACACUGAUUUGGCUAUAAAAUAUUCAAACUUUCGUAGAGUUUGUAAGCUUGCCCUUAAUGGUAAAGUUAUCAUCGACCUGAAAAGUGAAAAGACUCUUCAAGCCUUGACAGCCACAUUGCUUCAACAUUAUUUUGAUUUGAAAGUGGAAUUCGCUCCAAAUAGCCUGAUUCCCACCUUACCUCUACGUUUAAAUUAUAUUCUUUGGAUUGAAGAUAUUCUAGCAGCUCUGGACGUGACCAACAUUCAUGGAAUCGACAUUGGUUGUGGUUCAUCAUGCAUAUACGCCCUCCUGGCAGCAAAAAAGAACAGAUGGAAGAUGAGUGCUGUCGAAGCAAAUGCCACAAACAUUCAAUUUGCAACUGAAAAUGUAAAAUCAAAUAAUUUAGAACAAUUGAUACAGAUUUUCCCUCAAGUCGAAAAAAAUGUGAUAUUAAGUGAUUUUCUCACUGCUAAACCAGAUGAAGUAUUCGACUUCUGUUUGUGUAAUCCUCCAUUUUUUGACAGCAAUGAAAGAAAUACUAAACUAGAUCGAAACCCUGACAAACGCAAAGAACCAAAAAACUGCCAAACUGGAAAACCAGAUGAACUUUACUGCGAAGGAGGGGAAGUGGCUUUUGUAAAAAGAAUAGUGGAAGAAAGCCAAAAGUUCUCAAAUCAAGUGAGAGUCUUCAGCACAAUGUUGGGUCACAAAAGUAGUGUUCCAAUAAUUUCGGAGUUUUUAAAAAGUUAUAAUAUUUUGAAUUUUAUUACAACUGAAUUUUGUCAAGGCAACACCACCAGAUGGGGUGUAGCGUGGUCUUUGGAGGCGAACAAUGAUCUUUCAAAAGUGAAGAGCUGAUAACUUG